AUGGAGUCCGUGAGUGCGGGCAGCGUGCAGGCAAUCACGGGCGCUAUUUUGUCGUACUCCUCUUCGGCGAGCGCUCCAAAUCUAGACCCCAUUGCCUUUAAGGAGGCUGGCCUCGCGCGUCUCAAGAAUGGCGCCGCCGCGGCCGCAAAGCCUGCCGAGGCCGCAAAGCCCGCCGCGACCCCGAAGCCCGUCUCGAGGAGCAACCCGACGGGGAAGGUCAAGCAGACUGGAGCGGAGCUGCAGGCGAGGCUCGCCGAGAAGAAGCGGCUGGCCGGGCUGCGGCGAGAGCGGGCGCACUCUGGGACGAGCGACUGCGAGGGGUGGGCGAGGGCGGGCGAGUGCAUCCGCAACCCGCAGUACAUGUUUUCGGCGUGCGGCGCCGCGUGCGAGCUGCCGUCGUACCUCGACCUCGACAAGGACUGCGCGAGCUGGGCAAACAGCGGCGAGUGCGAGGCCAACGCGGCCUUCAUGCUGCAGCAGUGCAACUCCUCCUGCCUCGCGGACGAGGCGGACGGGGGCAGCAGCCGGCUGGCCACCUUUCUGCCCAUCUUCUUCUUCGUGCUGCUGCUCGGCUGCGCGGCGCUCACGCUCUCCGCCAUGUACGCGAAGCAGCUCUCCGAGGCGCAGGACCGGCUCGCAGAGCUGUGGGCUCGCUUCGUGGUCCGAACAACGCGCGCUCGCGCGGCGGGCGGUCCUGCGCCGGCAAGGGGGUCGGGCUAG